AUGGAUGAGUUGGUUAAGAAUCAUUGGAGCAAAAAGAACAGGCAAUCUUGGGUGGGUGGGAUACGGGAAAUGAACUUAGCUCUACUAUUGAAGUGGUGGUGGAGAUUGAAAGAAGAACCAGAUCACCUUUGGGCAAAGGUUAUUAAAGCUAUACAUCAUAAUUCAAGAGUGGUAUCAUUAAUACCGAGAAAGAAAUCCCAACCGGGUGUACGGAAGGCAAUCGCGGGGGUGGGAGAGGACUUUAAAAAACGGAGCAUCGAUAUACAACAAAGCCUUAGAUGCUUAGUCGGUAACGGCGAAAAGGCGAUGGUUUGGAUAGAUUCAUGGACACCACAAGGACCACUAAAAGACGCUUUCCCUCUGAUAUACAGUAUGUUCGCAAAUAAAAGGAUCACCGUUAGUCAGUUUCUUACGGAAAACACAGGAGAGUCAUUAUGGGGUCAAAGUUGGGUAAGAGCACCAGUUAACGACGAGGAAACUGAGGAAUUUCUGAGGUUAAAUCAAACCUUACAACACCAACCGGUUGGGCAGGGGAUGGAUAGAUGGAUAUGGAAAGAUGGUGGCGAUGAUGACUUCUCAGUUAAGAAAAUUCGAAUGGACCUUUCGGGCUCUAUCGAUGUGAAUAACAGGCCUGGAAAUUUCUUAUGGAACAAAAUGGCUACACCAAAAUCGAAUUAUUUUAGUUGGAGAGCAAUUGAAGGGAAAAUACCAACCGCCGAUGAACUAAUUAAGAGGGGGAUGCAUUCGGUUUCGGCACUAUGCAAAGUAUGCGGCAGAGCAAACGAGUCGACAAAUCAUAUUUUCAUCCACUACCCAUAUGCGGACCUGAUUUAG